AUUCUUAAGAUAGUUUUUAAGUUUAAAUUAAUUUUACAUAUAUGUGAAAAGUUGUAUUAAAAAAUUCGCCCGUUAUUAAAUAUAAUAUUGUUCUUUGGAAACCUCUGUGAAUGUUAUUUAAUUGUAAAUGUACAUGCAAAAUUGUAUCCUCUUUUGUCUGCAAAAUUGUAUGUGCAUGUAUGUAUUCGCAAAAUUUAAGUCUAGUCUGUUAAGUUAAUUAAGAUAUUGUUGAGUAGUCUAGGCAGACAACUUUAUCUUAAAAGUCCCAGUUUAAACAGUUCUUAUACAGAAAUUGUAUGAUAUGUAUACAUAUGAAAUAUGAAUAUUUUAUUUACCCAUAUAUACCCCUUGGAAUAAUCAAUGCCCCCAACGAAUACAGACAAUGCAAAUCUACACAAUACCAACAAUAUAUUUAUCUUUAUUCGCCUUUACACAAAAAGCUUAUGUAUAUCGAAUAUAAUACUAUUUUUUCAGGAUCUUCGAAUGUGAUGAAAACCAUACCUCUCUCUUCUCUUUUAUAUCUUUCUUCUUUUCCUAUAAAACAUUUAAUACUUACAUAUUUCACCAUUUACAUUUAUUCUUAUUUUAGGUGGCUAUAUAAUUUUUCAUUACAGGAAUUUGAUUAAAACAAUCGUAAGAUGGUCCUAUCUGCAAAACUCAUAUACUCUUCCAUUUAAGUUCAUCCUAUAGCCAAAACGUCCGUCCGUUUUUAUAUCCGUUUGUCCGUCCGUUUGUAUGUCCUUCCGUUUGUAUGUCCGUUUGUCCGUCCGUUUGUCCGUCCGUUUGUCCGUCCGUUUGUCCGUCCGUUUGUCCGUCCGUUUGUCCGUCCGUUUGUAUGUCCUUCCGUUUGUCCGACCGUUCCGUCUGUAUGUUUCUUAUGUUAUGUAUGUUGUAUAUGUUUCUUUUUAGCAAAAUAAGAUGUGUCUGGUUUCCUUGCCACCUAUGCAAUCCCCUUGUGAGAUCUUAAACUUGUUAUACGCCUAAAUAUGAUAAAUGCUUUCUAUGAAUAACCUUUAUAUUUACAGAUUAACUGCACCGGAUGACGUGGCAUUUUAUUUGUAACAUAUUUAAAAUUAAAUCAAACAUUUAAAGAAUGUUUAAUUUAAUUUACACUGAAUUCAUUUAGCACUGGGCCUUUAGUAGGGGUUAAAUCUUAUAUGCGCCAAGUUGUUAAAUAUUCAUAACUUUUGGGGAAAGUAUCAUCUCAAUGAUAGUGCGGGAAAAUUAAGCUGAAAUUAAAUAGGGCGUAAUAAAUAGAAAUCCUUAAACUAUCACUCUGAUUCGGAGUUUUACAGGAAUGGCGGCAUAUGAGUAAAGAUAGUUUUAUUGAAAUGACUCCUAAUGACAGACGAAAAAGAGAUUAUUUCUGUGUAUUUGCAUAUGCCCAUCUCUUGGGUAAAGGAUCAAUGGUAAUGAUUAUAAAUUUCAGUUUUAAAAACAUGCAUCGGAUACAUGACGACGAGUAUUCCGAGGAUGCCAAGGAAUCGGACUUUAAGAGUUCGAUUCAGAAGGAGAUAUCAGUGAAGUCGAGACACCAAAUUUCCAUACCAGACAUAUGCUCAGAUGCUGUUAAGAACAAUUGUUUUCCGCCGACUGGCUUUCUCAAUAACUCGAUCACCUUUGCCUCACAUGUAGUUAAGUGCAGCUCACCGGCCUCGAGCAUCGAUGAAUCCUCAACGGCGGCCCAGCAGCACGAAUCCAAUCCACACAUGCAUAUACAGGGUCAGCAUAUGAUGGCUCCCGUUCCCGAUCUGGGUUUCUACAAUGUGCCCGAGUUCAUAUCCGAGCAGGAGAAGCUCAUGUUCUCCGAUGCAGAGAGAUUCUUGCGGUCGAAGGAUAAUGAGGUGUGCAACAAUGAUUUCAGCUAUAUGCACGAUGAGUUCGCCAUGCGGAAGUACUAUCAUCCGUUAUUUGCUCAUGGCAUAUGCCGUUGGCCUGGUUGCGAAAUGGAUUUGGAAGACAUCACAUCGUUUGUCAAGCAUCUGAAUACGGAACAUGGUUUGGACGAUCGAUCAACAGCACAGGCACGGGUUCAAAUGCAAGUUGUCUCCCAGCUGGAAUCCCACCUGCAAAAAGAACGAGAUCGCUUGCAGGCAAUGAUGCAUCACUUGUAUUUGUCCAAGCAGCUUUUGUCUCCCACCAAAAUCGACAGGAAGGACGUGCCCGGAAGAGAGGGAAAGUUUUGCCGGAGUCCGCUUACCGUAAAUAGCAUAGGCCGACCCAUCCGACAAACAAAUUCACCGAGUCCUCUGAAUCUUCCAAUGGUUAAUUCCACCAACUUGUGCUCGAUCAAAAAGAGAAACCACGACAAAAAUACAUUUUCCAUAAAUGGGGGAUUACCCUAUAUGCUUGAAAGAGCAGGUCUUGAUGUGCAACAGGAAAUCCAUCGAAACAGAGAGUUUUAUAAGAAUGCUGAUGUACGACCGCCUUUUACUUAUGCUUCCCUCAUAAGACAGGCUAUAAUUGACUCCCCUGACAAGCAGUUAACCCUAAACGAAAUCUACAACUGGUUCCAAAACACAUUUUGCUACUUCCGGCGCAACGCAGCUACGUGGAAGAAUGCGAUUCGUACGAACCUUUCCUUACACAAGUGCUUUGUACGUUAUGAAGAUGACUUUGGCUCGUUUUGGAUGGUCGACGAUAAUGAGUUUGUCAAAAGGCGGCACUUGUCGAGAGGGAGACCCCGGAAAUAUGAACCGUCCUCCUCCCCAAAUUCAUGCCAAUCCGGCAAUGGUGUGCCCACUGAUAAGAAUCCCUGCGACAAUUGUACGCAACAUUGCACUAGUUUGCCACCGGGUGCUGAUAAUCCUCUAGAUUCCAAUAAUCCAAAUGAUUUAGGCAGAAUUGGUUGUCUUCCCUAUUGCGGUAGUGAUGGUUUAAGUAAAGCGUCCAAGGACUAUAGCAAUAUGGACUCGGGUAUGAUCGAAAGUAACAGCCACUUGACAAUCGAUGAAUAUUCUACUAAUAUGUACGAGAGUAGUGCCAAUGAGCACAAUCGAUAAAUAAUAUAUCAUUAACUAUACAUAUAUUUAGAUGCAUUGUCGAGUAAUCUGCGUUUGGUAAGAAGGUUCGGAUUCGGAAAUUAUAUCUGUACAUACACAUGGUUCUAUGUAUAAUUUCCCAAAUAGAAAUGAAAAAAUACUUUUAAAAUAAAUUUCACUAAUGCUAUAAAAUAAACGAAAGAACUACGUUAAAUUAUUAAAGCAAAAUUAAUGUGUUUAAACUUGCUUUAAUAACUCCACUUAUAACACGAUUUUAAUAUACGAGUACAACAUAUAUGAAUAUUUUCACUUUUCAGCAAGGGAGAAAACAUUUAAAAGCUAUAGCUUGAUAAAAUUUUAACAAAACUGUUUUAAAAGUCACAAUAUGAUUUUUUUUUAAGGAAACUAUUUUCAGGUAUACCUUCUGUUAAAAAUCUGGACCCUUGAGAGCUUUAGAUUUGGAAACUCCUUAGUAAACGUAUAUGCUUUUCUGCUGACUUAUCUAAUUUCCUUCUAAUUUAAGAUCAUUAACGAUACUCAGUGACCUAAAUAAAUUCCUCAAAUAUACAAC